UGUUAAAAGAAAGAAACAUAAUUGUAUAAUUAUCGUAGCUAUAAUUAUCAGACAUGCAGCAGCUGUUCCUUUCUAUUGAUCGGGAAUGAUAUGAUAUUGCUGUAUUUUUAAAGAGUAUAUAACAUUGCCUCGCUGGACAGGAUAGUUUAUGAAUCGUAUUGCAAUAUGUGGAACAAAGUGUGGAAAUAGCAGUUAAAACUAGGAUUCCAGCCAUGCUGUUGGGUAGGUGCAACAUAGACCAGCUGUUGACGGAAUGAAUUAGGUUGAUUUAAAGAUUGUAAAAACAUGACAUCAAGAACAUCUUUGCAGACGAGAAUACUGGCCGUGGCGGCCUUGUCUAUGGGAUGCAGUCUUAUCGGUUCAGCUUUUGGCUUUUACUAUGUCAAAGUGUUUCUGAACUACUAUCAUAUAGAGGAAAACUGGUUUCAACUUUCUCAAACACUGUUCCUUAUAUGGAACGCAAUCAACGACCCUUUAUUUGCUUAUUUUCAAGACAGUACCAAUUUUCGUUGCUCCAGAACUCGACGUGAAAGUGUUCUGUAUGCAGCUCCAUUUUUUGCGUUAUCAUUUCUAGUGCCAUGGUUUCCAUGGGGAAACCCAGAAACGUUGCAACCAUGGGUUACAGGAAUUCAUCUUAUUACAGCUUUAUGUUUCUGGGACACUAUGUUUACAUAUGUUGGAUUGGCUGCCUGUUGCUUGUUUACGGAAAUGACAAAAGACAACACAGAGCGGCUCAAGAUGAUUAAAUAUAAUCAGAUUGGUUGUCUCAUGGGAUCUUCAAGUGUAUUUCUUCUGCAAUAUAUGUCAAAUCAACUGGAAAACUUUCAGGCCUUUCAAGCAACAUGUGUUGCAGUUGCUGUUGUCAGUUGUUUGUUGAUGAUGUAUUGUGGGAAGCACGCACAUACCGAGAGAGAACUUCAGCACGAGAGCGACGUGCAAUGUGGAAAACCAAAAGUUAUGAAAUCACAGGAACAUUCCUAUUUCACUCUUACAAAGCAGCUUUUGUUCAACAGAGACUUCAUAUCGUUUGUGAUAACGAAUUUUUUCCAGGAAUUUCAUCGUACAUUUCUCUCAAACUUUUUCGCCAUAUUUGCGGACCAGCUGAUUGUGAAAGGAGCCAUUCCACCUUUAGUGAGAAGCUUAUUUUAUGGCGCAAGUUCUACUGGAGCUAAGUUGAUUGUGAUAUUUGGUACUGGUAUUGUGAGCAGAUUUGGCUACUACAAGGUGAUACGUUACAGCCAAAUCUUUAUGAUUGCAUAUGGAUUGAUAUACUAUAUGACUGGACCGAUCAAUCACUGGUGUCUGAUGUUCUUUAUGCUGUUGAACAGCUUUUUGGCAGACAGUAUAUUUUCAUUGUUCAAUCUUCCACUCUCUGAUAUUGCCGACAAUGACAUGGCUCGGUAUAACAGAAGACAUCCGGUGACGUCAAUGGUGUACGGUAUUAAUGCUCUAGUUGUAAAACCAGCUAUAUCAUUGUCUCCAAUGUUAGUUGUCAGUAUUCUAAACUCGUACGGAUAUGAUCGUCUCAAAGAUGGAAAACUUGAUGCCGUAGAAGAGACAGGAUUAAGCGGUGCAAUGUUCAGCGUCUUAUGUCUUUACCCGUUUGUUAUUGGGUGCAUUCAAUUUUGCUCAUGGUCAUUCUACACGAUACGGGGGACAAAGUCUGCUGAAAUUACAUGUCAUGUACUCAAAAGUACCAGUGAAUGUUCGACAUAAAGAACCAAGUUAUAUCCUGCCAUGAAAGGCAUCAAGACAUGAAAUUGUGCUAUUUGCCAUGUCAAAAAUGAACUGCGAAUCAUUGGUCAUUACAUUACGACUGAAUCAUAGGUCAUAACAUUGCAUUUGAAUCAUAGAAUUGCGAUAUAAUAAUCUAGAGGUCAUAUCUGUGGGAUUGAAUCAUACUGGUAUUUCAUAAUAGGGCAAUUGAAUCAUAGGUCAUAGUAUUGUUAUUGAAUCUUCCAUAGGCUGAACACGAGUACGUCUAUGUGUUUGAACCAUAAAUCAUAAGUGCCUUUGUGAUUGAAUCAUAGGUCAUGUCAUUGGGAUUGAAUAAUAAAUUAUGACAUUGUGAUUGAAUCAUAGGUUAUGACAUUGAGAUUAAAUCCUCUAAAGGCCGCGUGAUUGUGAUUAAAUGGUAUUGUGACAUUGCAACUGAGUUCAAGUUCUUGUCCUAGCAAUUCAAUCAUAGGUCAUCAUCUCUGUGACUGGUUCAUGUCUUUGUGAUUGAGUAAUAGGUCAAGUCCCUGUGACUGAGUUAUAGGUCGCGUUUUUGUGAUUGAAUCAUAGGACAUGCCUCAGUUAUUGAAUCAUAGGUCAUGUCUUUGUUAUUGAACCAUAGGUCAUGUAUUUGUGAUUGAAUCACGAAUCAUGUUGAUGUGAUUGAAUCAUAUGUCAUAGUAGAAUUAAGUUAUAGGUCACGUCUUUGCAAUGGAAUCAUAUGUUUUGCCAUUUCAGUUGAAUCAUGGAUACAUUAUUGACUUACUAGUAUUAGCUUAAAAGCAUUUUGGAUUUUUCAUUCUUAAAUGUACUGGAUCAGUCAGAGAUGUUAAGAUUUGCUUUAUAGCAUGUGUCAAGUGAUUCGGGUUAUUUUUAUUUUUGUUAAAGUGUCUUCUAAAUGUUGACGAUUGAAAAUGUUUAACAGUUCUUGGCAUUUUUUCUCGAGAAGUUCUCCACGUCUUGUAUAUACUGAUUUUCAACUAAUUACCUUCGUUUUACUUUGGUUGUAUGGAUGCUAUUUAAUAAAUAUUUAAAGAAGAGAAAAUGUUCAUGUGUUUCAAGUCAUUGGUUAAUAUUUAUUUAACUCCUAAUGUAGUACUAAAGUAAAUAUACAUGUUCUGUUUGUAUUGAAAUUUCAAGGCCUAAAAUACUUUGAGACCUAUCAUUCAUUUUGCACAAAUACUUACACGAUGCAUGUAAAAAGUACGGAAACGCACACUGACCUCCUUAUAUUGAAAAUAUAUAAGUAUGUCAUUUUUCAAUGCGUUUUCUAUUACCUGUUUCACACAAUCUUGCAUGAGAACGAUUUAUAAACACGGUGGCAUAUAAUGCAAAUUGGUAAUUAAAAUCAUAUAAAUAUU